ACUGUGAGCUGUGGAUUGUGGGUUUUGAGCUGUGAAUUUUGGGUUGUGAGCUGUGAAUUUUGGGUUGUGCCCUUCUCUCCUGGUCUCACACGAGCUCUCGGGCUGUGUCCCUGCCGCUGCAGCCGCUGUCCCGGUGGCAGAGGCUGCUGAGCUGUGUGCUGCCGAGGGCAGCGGGCAGGAUUCCCCGUGGUUUCGUUUCCCUCUGGGCUCUGCCGGGGUCAGAGGCAGCCACAGGGCGCUGCCGGAGCCGGGUUUGUGUCCGAAACGCGCCCGUCCCGCCUGUUGUCCCUGCCAGGGCGUAGCUGUGGUAAGAGCUGUGACCCAGCAGUUGUUUCUUGCACCUUGGCAGCGUCGCUGUGCCUUUGUUUCAGUCCCAGCGGUGUGAUUUUGCCUCCCUGUGCGUUUUCCCCCCAGCGAUGUGUUUCCAGCUGCCCUGAGCAGUCGGGUUCCUCUCAAACAGCUGCAGCGUUUUGGCCUCCAGUGUUUGGCUGCUCCCAGCCACACAGAGGAUGGUGGGGCUUGCAGGAGAGGGUUUGGGGCUAAAGGAUGGUUCCAGAAAGCCCUUGAUGAGUGAAAGCAGUGUGAGAUCACAGAAUCCCAGAGUUGUUUAGGUUGGAAAACACCUCCAAGACCACCGAAUCCACCCUGUGCCUGAUCCCAGCCCAGAGCCCUGAGUGCCACGUCCAGGCAUCCCUUGGACACCUCCAGGGAUGGGGACUCCAAACCUCCCUGGGCAGCCCCUUCCAAUUCCUGACAACCUUUUUUGUGAAGAAAUCCCUCCUGACGUCCAGCCUGCACCUCCCCUGGCAAGGGGAAUUCCUGAAAGCAUGCAGGAAGCUGCAGGAGCAGGUCCUGUCUGCAGCGUGCUGGAUUCCCUCCAGGCCCCGGGGUCCCCGUGUGGGGCAGGGGAGGGACAGGCUGAAGCCACCCAGAAGCUCCAGCGCCGGGUUUGGUUUGCGUGCAGGUGACACUGCCUGAGGGAGGGGACGUUUUACCCUGUGCGAGUGGGAAACCUGAGCCACGGUGGUGUUUGCAGUCAGGGGACGCUGGUGCCUUCACCAACACUCAGACAGGGGAUUCCAGAUUCAUUGGGCUCAAGGAAGGGAAAAAAACCCUAAUCCAUGGUUUUAGGGUGGUUUGGUUCCCUGGCCUGGGGGAUCCCAGGGUGAGCUCUGCUGUGCAGCACAGCCGCUGGUGGCCUGGAGCCAUGUGUGCACACCCCAUGGAGGUUUGUGUCCCUGCCUGAAGCCUUCCCUUCCCUUCCCGGGCUCCACGGUCCCGAGGUGCUGCCGGAGCCUCAGGGAGCCCUGCAGGCUCUGCCUGGAUGCAGAGCACCGUGUGCUGCUGCCAGCUCUGCCCCUGGGGGUGCUCCUGGGCGCUUUGGGGUUCAGCCGUCGGUCACCCCAGGGCUGAGGUUCCCCUGUUCCCAGGGAUCUCCCAAACCCUGGGUGUGACAUUUCCUGACCUUUCUCACGGGUCACCCCAGCCAGGUGUGCCAGGAGGGGUGCACUGCAGAGAAAAUCCUUCCCGGGUUCCACACUCGGACCAUGAGGCUGUGUUCAGUCUGUUGGAACUCUUCCCUCAGUUUUUAUUCCCUUGGUGAGGCACACGCCAGCACGUCCCUGUGCCCGUGGGUUGCAUCAGGGGGUGUAGGGACAGCUGGGACAGGAAGGGAGGCAGCUGGUUGCUCACAGGGGUACGUGUCACCCCUCUUUGAGCUCCCCCAGGAGCCUUUGGCAGCAGCACCCCAAAUUACCCACUCAGGCUGCUCCUGCUCUGCCUCGAGCACAGCCCUGGAGCUUCAGAGCCACCUCUGAACGAGGUGUCCUGGGGCUGGAGCAGGGCCGUGCCUGCUCCUGGGACAGCCUCAGCUCUGGAGGGGUGUCCUGGCAGUGGGAAUCCCCCCCACCACCAGUGUCUGUGUUUCAGCCGAGUCCUGCUGCCCAGCUCUGCCUUUUUGUGGCUCUGGAGGGGUGUCCUGGCAGUGGGAAUCCCCUCCACCACCAGUGUCUGCGUUUCAGCCGAGUCCUGCUGCCCAGCUCUGCCUUUUUGUGGCUCUGGAGGGGUGUCCUGGCAGUGGGAAUCCCCUCCACCACCAGUGUCUGUGUUUCAGCCGAGUCCCGCUGCCCAGCUCUGCCUUUUUGUGGCUGUUGUUGGGUAACUGCGUUUCCCUGGGUUGUCUCUCCAGGCAGAGAGCACACUGCUGUUUGCUAUGCAGAAUUCUGAACAGUUUGGGAACUCUAAGAGAGGGUGAGAAACUCAAACUCCCCUUAAAGCAAGCGAAGGACUUUUCUGUCUCCGGGGCUCUCUCCGAUCAGGGGAAUAAAUCCGUGUGUGCUCAGAGAGGGUUGUUUUUCCUGCUCUAAACUGAACCCGGAGCAGCCGGGGCAAGGCUGGGAGGCAGCCUGGAGAUUGGCUGAGCUGUGGGAUUUUCCAGCUGGAUUUACAUAUCGCCCACUGCUCGCAUGCCUUUGUGUUUACAUCACUGGGGAGCGAUGCACACACGCACACGCGUAGCGGAAGAGGCGCUUGGGCCGAGGAGAAGGCUGUCCCCAGCUCAGGAACUGGCAUGCUGGUGGCAUCUUGGUGGCAUCUUGCCGGGCUCCACCGCUCCGGGAUGGCCAGGGAGCACGCUUCCCAUGACUAACAGAUGCUGGCCUAGAUUAUGAGCUCGAACAAGAACGCUCGCUACAAUCGUUUCUCCAGUGGCACAACAAACAUCUCUACUUCAGAGAGCACUAACGGGACAAGAAUGGAAACAACUUUUGGACCAGCCUUCUCCGCUGUGACCACCAUCACAAAGGCUGACGGGACCAAUACUUUCAAGCAGCACCGUCGGACCCCGUCCUCCUCCAGCACCCUCACCUACUCCCCACGGGACGAGGAUGAUGGCAUGCCUCCCAUCAGCACCCCGCGCCGCUCCGACUCCGCUAUCUCCGUCCGCUCCUUGCACUCCGAGUCCAACAUGUCCUUGCGCUCCACGUUCUCACUCCAUGAGGAAGAGGAGGAGCCAGAGCCCCUGGUGUUCGCAGAGCAGCCGUCCGUGAAGCUGUGCUGCCAGCUGUGCUGCAGUGUGUUUAAGGAUCCCGUCAUCACAACCUGUGGGCACACGUUUUGCAGGAGAUGUGCCUUAACAUCUGAGAAGUGCCCCGUGGACAACGCCAAGCUGACGGUGGUGGUGAACAACAUCGCGGUGGCCGAGCAGAUCGGGGAGCUGUUCAUCCACUGCAAGUACGGCUGCCGGCCCGCCGCCAGCAGCAAGCCCACCGCCUUCGAGGUGGACCCCCGCGGCUGCCCCUUCACCAUCAAGCUGAGUGCCAGGAAGGACCAUGAGAGCAGCUGUGACUACAGGCCCGUGCGCUGCCCCAACAACCCCAGCUGCCCUCCCCUCCUCAAAAUGAACCUGGAGGCUCACCUGAAGGAGUGUGAGCACAUCAAGUGUCCCCACUCCAAAUACGGGUGUGCAUUCAUAGGAAACCAGGACACCUACGAGACCCACCUGGAGACGUGCAAGUUCGAGGGUCUGAAGGAGUUCCUGCAGCAGACGGACGAUCGCUUCCACGAGAUGCAGGUGGCCAUGGCCCAGAAGGACCAGGAGAUCGCCUUCCUGCGCUCCAUGCUGGGCAAGCUCUCUGAGAAAAUCGACCAGCUGGAGAAGAACCUGGAGCUGAAGUUUGACGUGCUGGACGAGAACCAGAGCAAGUUGAGCGAGGACCUGAUGGAAUUCCGCAGGGACGCCUCCAUGCUGAACGAUGAGCUCUCCCACAUCAAUGCUCGGCUCAACAUGGGCAUCCUUGGAUCCUAUGACCCUCAGCAGAUCUUCAAGUGCAAGGGGACCUUUGUGGGCCACCAGGGCCCCGUGUGGUGUUUGUGUGUGUACUCCAUAGGAGACUUGCUCUUCAGUGGCUCCUCAGACAAAACCAUCAAGGUGUGGGAUACCUGUACCACAUACAAGUGCCAAAAGACCCUGGAGGGUCACGAUGGAAUUGUGCUGGCUCUCUGCAUCCAGGGGAACAAGCUGUACAGUGGCUCUGCUGACUGCACCAUCAUCGUCUGGGAUAUUCAGAACCUGCAGAAGGUGAACACGAUCCGAGCGCACGACAAUCCUGUUUGCACUUUGGUCUCCUCACACAACAUGCUCUUCAGUGGCUCCCUCAAAGCCAUCAAGGUGUGGGAUAUUGUGGGUACUGAGCUCAAGCUGAAGAAGGAGCUGACAGGUCUCAACCACUGGGUUCGAGCACUGGUGGCUUCCCAGAACUAUCUGUACAGUGGAUCUUACCAGACCAUCAAGAUCUGGGACAUCCGGAACCUGGAGUGUGUGCACGUGCUGCAGACGUCGGGAGGCAGCGUGUACUCCAUCGCCGUCACCAACCACCACAUCGUGUGUGGCACCUACGAGAACCUCAUCCACGUGUGGGACAUCGAGACCAAGGAGCAGGUCCGCACGCUGACCGGGCACGUGGGGACAGUCUACGCCCUCGCCGUCAUCUCCACGCCCGAUCAAACCAAAGUCUUCAGCGCGUCCUACGACCGCUCGCUCAGGGUGUGGAGCAUGGACAACAUGAUCUGCACCCAGACCCUGCUGCGCCACCAGGGCAGUGUCACCGCCCUGGCCGUGUCCCGAGGCCGCCUCUUCUCCGGCGCCGUGGACAGCACUGUCAAGGUCUGGACGUGCUAACGAGAGCGUCACACGAGUCCUGCACACUGAAAGACCAAAAACUCUCCCCUCCAUCGGCCUGUGGGUGACCACACCACUGAAACGACUGCUGCAGCUCCUCCUGCACCGACCACUGCCUGCUGCUGCUGCCCCUCGGCCGGCGGCUCUGCCCCACGGACGCUCCAGGUGUUCCCUCAGAUUGCCCCAGAUGAGUGGAAGAGAGGAGGCUGUUCCAGUGCCCUCCUCUGCCUGUGUCCCCCCAGCUGGGGACACCCCCGGGCUGGGGCUGGGGUGACACUGGCUGCCUCGGGGCUCGGGGCCAGGCGAGUGCAGCCCUCGGCCUGCUCCAGGACGGGACAGAUGCGUGUGUCCUGGUGGGGACAGGCUGCCCCCCCUGUCUGUGGCGGGACUGAGCUUUAGGCUGUACCCGGGGUGGGCACCCGACCCCUUUCUGUCUCUAGUAUUUAAUUUUACUGCCAAGGCGCCGGGCCGAUCGUCUGGGAAGAGGUGUUUCCUUGAGUAGCCAGGUACGAUUUUUAUGCCACAGCUAGUUCUCAAAUCAAGUUCCACGAGCCCAUCGUUCACCACCCUGUAAUAACGGUCUCCACAUUAAAGACAAAAAGCCUCCGUUGCAUUUUUACUCACAUUUUCUACUGUUUUUAAGAUUGUAAUAUAGAUUUGAUUAUUUGUUCAUUGACAAUAAAAGCAGAAAGAGUUGUU